AGGGGCCUCCUGCGCCUACUAGUAGGCUCAGAAGGCCGUGAUCAUCCAUCCAAAUGGUUGAUCACCCACAAAUAUACAAGAGAAGACUCCAGAUCCAAUCCCAGAAUUCCUGCUCACCGGUAAUCGGAAGUCUACUGGACGAAAGCGGCAACGUUGCGAUAUUUCCUGCUUAAUAUUUUCAGAUAUGGGAAAAGCACUUAAGAUGACCACACGUUUCAGGAACGUUAAAAUUAAGUUGGUGAGGAGGUCUAUCGCUGGCCCUGCAAAGUUUUCUUACCUCAGUCAAGGUCUUCCCCAUCCCAGCUACAAACAGACCCACUCUUCCGACCCUUCUAUUACAUCUCAACCUGCUGAACCUGAUGAUGCGACGCCGAGCUGUUCUGAGAGCGUAUACAGUAAGGCAAAGAAGAGAGAGCUUCAUGCCUGGGAUGCAGUCAAGGAUGAGAUGCUUAAGGUGAUGUUUGAAUGUUCGGCACCAGUCACUACCCAGUGUGCUGUCUGCCGAGAACAUGCUGAUUAUAGGUGCAUUGAGUGCAGCUCCACUGCAGUGUUCUGUGAGGUUUGCCUGAAGAGGAUUCACAGAAAUUUACUGCAUCUUCCUGAAAAGUGGAAUAAUGUUUACUAUGAGCCAUCCUCCCUGGGGUUAUUCCUAUAUUUACCUGAAGCCCAUGGCACCCAUGCUGUGUACACAAAGGACAUGAAGAUCAUUGUCAGCACAGGACGGCUCUGCACCGUUACAGACACCAUGUGUGCGUGUGAACCAGAAACCUGUACUCUGCUGAGAUAUGGGCUCUGACCAGCAACAGCCACAAGCCCCAGACAGACCGCCUUCUCCAUCCCUCUGCUAGAGCUUUCUGUUUCUGUCACUGGAGUGUCAGGUUUCUAUUGAGGGUUUUUGUAACACCCCAUAUCCCACUUUAGGCAUCACCACUUCCGACAAAGAGGUUUGGUUGAUAUUUGCCCACAAUUAAAUGAUGGAACCAUAUGCCUAGCAUGUCCAAAGGUUGGUUAUAGUUCUAGCGUGGUUCUUGUUUGAUUAAAUUAAUGGCAUAGAAUUAAAAUCUGAAUGAAUAUCAAACUAAGUUAAUUUGUGUAUGUAGUAUUAUAAUAGAAGUAAUAGUAUAAAUGUAUAAACCUGGUGCGGGUACAAAACCAGUGUUACUGUAAGUGUUUGUUUUCCAGGCGGAUGGAGAUAUGAUUGUCACAUUGGAUGCCAACUUUGACCUUGUGAGGAAUCAAAGCUCUGGUACAAGUGUGGUUGAUCCAUUACACGGAACCCGCAUGUUUAGAGGAAUACCUGCUAUCACAUCUUGACAGCUCAAAGCCUCAAGAGGACUGCAGUAAGCUGCUCUCAUUCAAGGUCUCCAACAGCUGGAAAGAAAAUGACAUCAAGCCACUGUGAUGUUUCACCCACAUAUAAUAUAAUAUAAUUAUAAUAUAUAUAUAUAUAUAUAUAUAUAUAUAUAUAUAUAUAUAUAUAUAAUUACUUUACUGCAUUACUUGUGCAGACAUGUUGGUUUACUAGGUCUGAUCUAUUUUAAAGCUUAGGCACUGUAUUUAAGCAUACAUAUCCCCACUAGUCUGUCUGUAUGAGUACAAAAUGAAAAAAUAAACUGUCUAUAAUUGUUACUUUACAAGCACAGUAAAAUAUUUAUAUAAAAAAUAUUGCACUACUGUUAUUUUGCAUAGAAUACAUUGUUCAACAAUAUUUUUGCACACUCAUCCAACUGUAUUUAUUACCACUGU